CUGUGGGGAAAUCCAUAAGCUAAAAGUUAGCAUUAAACUGGUUUAUUGACUCUGAUUUAUUAUACAAAAAAAAUAGAAUUUUGUGCUUCAUUGAAAGUUGUUUAUUUAAUUUAGCUUAAGGCCUACACAUGCACCGUUCAACAUUUGUUCUAUUACGUGUCUUUUAUUCAACGUUGUUCUCUUGAGUAGUAUUUAUAAGACUUCUAUCAUCUAGAAGGCAUCUGAAAAGAAUGUCACAAAACUUAUAAUAAAGAAACAUACAACCAUCCAAUAAGAAAUCAACAUCAUUCUGGAAUGGAAAAGAAAAGAAAGAGCGUCUGCAAAGAGGAUUGCGUUCCCAGUGAAUGUCUCCGAAUAGAUCUGAAUGUUAGGGUCGAAGGGAAAAGUUUUCGUUUUAACCAAGUGUUGACCAACGCUCUCCAUCACUUUCACAAAGAAAUAUCAAACAAGAUUGAGUAUAGAUUUGAAAUGGUCGAAGAGAUCAACUUGUCUGCUCAGAUGUUUGAUGAGUUCUUGUCCACCGUUCAAUGGUACUGUGAAGCUAAAAGCCACUUAUGGAAAUUAGAGCACCUUCUUGAGCUCUGGGACGCUGCCAGGGUUCUAAAUAUUCUUCAUCUUAUAAGAACUUGUGAACGGAAAGUUGGCCGUAUCAUUUCCGAGGAAAAUUUUGAGACAGUCUACGCAAAGGCCAAUCUCUACAAGUCCGAAAUCGUCCUCUACAAAGCUAGGAGCUUUUUGCAAAGAGUCUGGUUAGAAGAGGAUUUCAAAAUGAGUCUGACACAUGUUUUAUCUUACGCCGAGUUUUAUCACUUAAUAAAAUAUAGGUCUGACAAUAACUAUGGGGAUAUUAGCGAGGAUAUUAUCUUGAGAUCUAUUUUUGAAUGGGUUGAAAAUUUCGAAAAACAAGUUGGAAGCACAGAAGAAAUCAGCCAAGAGUUGGUCAAACUUUCUCUAGACAAAAGAGAAAAUGGCGAUAGAGAUUCAUUUCUGGAAGAUAAACUGGAAGAAAGUUCCAAGCUCUCGAGACUGUUAAAAGCUUCGAAAUAUAAUUCUGCCAGUAUUGAAUGUCUGAAAGAGCUCUCCAUACAUCAAUUGUGUAAGAAAGACCGCGAAGCAGAGCUAAUCCUAACUAAAGCCAUAAGCUUCAAGCUUGACAGAAAUACUCAUGGAUAUUGGCCUCCUGGCGCUUUUGAAAGAAAUAAAGUUGGCUACAGACACAUUGGUGUAUUGGCUGACGAAGAUCAAGUCAGUGCCAUGUUGCUCGAAGAGGAAUAUUUUCUUUGGAUGGAAGUUCCCAGAUGUCCUUUGCAUUCGAAAAUAACAAAUUUAACAGUUUUCGAUAACGAACUGUAUACUGUAAGCAGCUCAGGCUUAGAAAGUUUGAUCUUUGUAUAUAGAAACAAAGAGUGGAAAUUUGUUUUGGACCUUCCCAAUAAAGACUUUGUCGUUGUCUCUAAGGGAGAAUUUAUUUACGCCAUAGACGGCACAAGCAGCAGCGUGAAAUGUGUGUCGCCGAGAGAGACUCCAGUUCUAUACAGCGAGAUCAAGUUCCCUGACAUGAUGAGAAAUCCAGAGAGUGCUUUAGACUUUGACAAAAGUAUCUUGAUUUUCUGUUCCACUGACUCUGAUGAAAAGUCGGCAGUGAUUUCUUUAGACGUGCCUGAGCAUAAAUGGACUGACUGUGGACAUCUUGAAGGUUCAGCUAAAAAUUUGGUUGGUUUUAGAAAUGAAACAAAUUACUUUAUCUUACAAAGAGACGGGACGAUAAGCCAAGUGUUUAGGAAUCAAGAUGGUAGCAUUGAAUUUACAGUGAUCAAACGCCUGUGGUCUAUUCAAAGUGCUGUACGGGGCGCCUUCAUCUACAACGAAGUACUUUAUGUUUUUUCAAAUACUCCCAUGGAGAGUUUAUGUCUUAGUGGAGUUCUGGGCGCGUUCUGUAAGAUAGAGUACUGGCACCAACAGAGGGAGGCCUGUGAUUAUGUGCAUUUCUUCAUGGAUAUAGAUGAAAGGAUGUCAGAGACAAUAAAUGAUUUCGAUGAUGAUUCCGAUGAUGAUUCCAAUGAAUAAAACAUGUUGUGACGCUCAAAAUCAUUUUCGAACGUUGUUCACCUGUUAGCGCUCUUCUUGACCUGUAAUAAUAAACACCAAAACCGCAUUCCACAUUGCUUUAUUCUUAGACGCUUCGUUGCUAGACGAUUGUAUGAAAUACAAUAUGAAACAAUAUUAAAAUAAUGGACGGUGUCAUUGUACGAUUCAGCCAUUAAAAUAGGUCUUUUUUUUUAUA